AUGGACGUUCUUGUUGGCAUUGUUGGAUCUCUUGCUGGAAAAGCUGUUGAGUAUGCUGUCGAUCCCACUGCACGACAACUUAGUUACUUAUUCAAGCCCAGGAGCAAGUUUCAGAACCUCCGGAGAAAAGUUCAAGACCUAAAGGAUGCAAGAGAAAGGGUGCAACAAUCUGUUGAAGCGGCUAACAGGAAGGGGGAGGUGAUUUUUGAGAACGUUCAAAGUUGGUUGGAAGCGGUGAAUGAGAAGAUCUCCGAGGAUGCUGCAACACAAUUGCAAAAGGAUGAAGAGAAAGCGAUGAAGAGGUGUUUUGCUGGAUUUCGCGCUGAUUUCAAGUCCAGUUACCAACUUAGCAACAAAGCGGACAAGGAGGCCGAUGCUAUAGCUCAACUCUUGAUCCAAAAGGAAAACUUUGAUGGAUUUUCCUACCUUCCUGCUCUUCAAGUGACAGACAUUAUCAGACCUGUCAAAGAGUACGAGGCCUUCAAAUCAAGAAGCCGCGCUUUCGAUGAGGUCAUGGCUGCAUUGAAAGAUGAUACAGUCAGCAUAAUCGGAGUUCACGGCAUGGGGGGUGUGGGUAAAACCACACUCGUCAAAGAGGUCGCUGGAAAAGCCAACGAGAGACAGCUUUUUAGUGAAGUGGUAUUGGUUACAAUAAAGCAAACACCAGACAUGCGGAAGAUCCAGGAGGAGAUUGCUGAGAAGCUAGGCAUGACAAUCAGCGAGAACAGCAUAGAUGUGAGAGCAGCUCGACUUCGUGAAAGACUAGAGAAAGAGAACAGGGUUCUUGUUAUUUUGGAUGAUAUUUGGAAGUUCCUGGAUAUCAGGGCACUCGGAAUUCCUUCAGCAGACCAACAAAAGGGAUGCAAGAUCUUAAUAACUUCAAGGAACCUAUUUGUAUUGAAGUCGAUGGGUUCUCAAAAAAGCCUUCCAAUUGAUGUACUGAAUGAAGAUGAAGCAUGGAACCUGUUUAAGAACGUGGCUGGUCAUAUUGCUGAAAGAUCUGACUUGCAAUCUACAGCAAUGGAAGUCGCCCAAAAAUGUGCAGGACUGCCGCUCGCUAUUACAACAGUUGCAAAGGCUUUGAAACAUAAGGAGAAUUUGUAUGAAUGGAAGGAUGCUCUGGGGCAGCUAAAACCCUCUGAAAUAAACUUCAAAGGAAUACCAGCUGAAGCAUAUUCAGCCAUAGAGAUGAGCUACAGAUAUUUGGUAAGGGAGGAACUUAAAUACACUUUCUUGCUCUGCAGUAUAAUGGAUCAUGAUGCUGCCAUUGAAGACUUGCUGAAAUAUUGUAGGGGCUUGGGUUUAUUUCAUGGCCUUGACACGAUGGAAAAAGUGCGCAACAGAGUGUUGACACUGGUUAACGAGCUCAGAGACUCUUCCCUAUUACUUGCUGGUUCUACAUCUGAAAGCUUUGAUAUGCAUGAUGUUGUCCUCGAUGUUGCCAUUUCAACUGCUUCUAGGGACCGUCGUUGGCUUGCUUUAGGAAAGGAAGAUGUAUUUGAAGAGUGGAAGGAUACAAUGAGAAACUCUCAUCUUGUUAGCUUAAAAUAUGCUAAGGUUAGUCAGCUUCCGGAUGAGUUGGAAUGUCCAAACCUUAUAUUUUUCUCCAUGCAUGGCUCUGUGGAAGUUCCCAACAACUUUUUUAAGGGAGUGCAAAGACUCAAUGUCUUGGAAUUUGGCAGAAUAAAUUUUACUACCUUGCCAUCCUCCGUUGGUUUCUUGAAAACUCUCUGUACAUUACGCUUGAUAGGCUGUGAUGUAGAAGAUAUAGUCAUCUUAGGAGAGUUGGAAAAUUUGGAAAUUCUUGACCUUAGUUGGUCUAGAAUGAAAAUGCUACCAAAGGAGAUAGGACAGUUGACCAAGCUAAAAUUAUUAGACUUGAGUAGUUGUUUAUGGCUUCAAUUAAUACCACCAAAUGUGUUGUCAAAGUUAUCCAAAUUAGAAGAACUAUACCUAUAUGAUAGCUUUGAUGGAUGGGAGAUUGAGGGAAUUGAGAAUCCAAGAAGCAAAGCUAGUCUUAUGGAGUUGCAGCAUUUGUCUCGUCUAGCAACUUUGGAAGUACAUAUUCCUGAUGUGGAAGCUAUACCAAAUGAUAACUUGUUUCUAGGAAAGAUGGAAAGGUUCAAGAUUUCAAUCGGAGGUAAGAUGUGGGAUUCUUAUUAUGACAGAGGGAUGAAGACAUCAAGAAUGUUGAAGCUGAAGAUUAAUAAAAGAAAUGAUUUGGUCGAAGGCAUCUAUAAAUUGUUGUCCAGAAAAAUUGAAAAUCUAUAUCUGCAUAUGCGGAAAGCUGUUGUGGUAAGGCUUUACGAUCUAAAUGCUGAAUCUUUUGAGCAAUUAAGAUUCAUAAAAGUCGAGAAUUGCAAUAUGUUGAAGAAUUUGUUCUCAUUCUCCAUAGCUAAAAGACUUCGCAAACUCGAAGAACUUGAGGUAUCCAAAUGCGACAAUAUGAUAGCAUUAAUUGUUGAAAAGGAAGAGAUUAGAGAGAAUGACACUUUGAAAUUUGAUAAAUUACGCAUCUUGAAGUUGACUGAACUGAAUGGCUCAUGGUAUAUAGAAAAUACAUUUCAAUCCGUCACAUGGCUUUUUGAUAAAAAGGUUUCGUGUCCUGCCUUGGAAGAGUUGUACUUGUAUGCAAUGGGUGUCAUUGAGAAAAUAUGGCAUAUUGAUGAUCAAUUUCCAUUAGUAUCUUUUGGUGUUCAAAGUUUAACAAAUUUGAAAGUGUGGCAUUGCCAGAAGUUGAAGUAUGUAUUUACUUCAUCCAUGGUUAAAAGCUUUGUGCAUCUGAAAACACUUCAGAUUUUUGAUUGUGAUGAAAUGGAAUGGGUAAUAGAGGGAAUAUUAGAAGCAACCGAAGAAGAAGAAAGGAUUAACGACAACAUAUGUGUGUUCCCUAAACUUGACUAUUUGGAACUCAGUUCUCUUCCAAAACUAAAAGGAUUUUUCUGUGGAAACAAUCCGAUUGAGUUUCCCUCGCUAAGGGAUUUAAAAAUAUGGGGCAGAGCAGCGGUACCAAAUAUCUUCCAUGAAAAGUGUGCGUUUCCAAAUCUACAUCAACUCAAUUUGGCACGGAAUGCUGGAAUAAAAGACAUUAUAGGUCAUUGCGAGGGCCAACAACAACAGCAACUUUUGUCUCAUUACUUUGGCAACCUGAAAGUCGUCAAACUUGCGUGGUAUGCAAGAUUGCCAUUUUACUUGUUCCCGUUAUUAGCCUUAGCCAAUCUUCAAACUCUCGAAAUAGAAUGGUCUGAUAUUAAAGAGAUGGUAUUCCAAAGUGAAGAAGGUGGAGAAGAAAAGCCUGCAUCGCUGCUACUCUCUCAGAUAACUGAAUUAAGGCUGAAUGGUCUUCCUGAAUUGAUGCAUCUAUGGAAGGAAAAGGAAGGAUUCCCAAAUCUAAGGAUUUUGCAUGUUGACUACUGUCAUAAAUUAAAAGGUAAUCUAGUUCCAUCCUCGGUAUCUUUCCGAAAUCUGGUGACUUUGAUAGUAGGGAGUUGUGUUGGAAUCAUAAAAUUAAUCACACAUCCCACAGCCAAAAGUCUAGUGCAGCUCAAACAAAUGAGUAUAUCCUAUUGCGAAAAUAUAGAAGAGAUAAUACAAGGUGGGGACGAUGAUGAUGAAAUCAUUUUCCCUCAACUCAACAGUUUGGAACUCAAAGGUCUACCAAAGAUAGAAAGUUUCUGCUCAUCAGGGAAUUAUACCUUUUCAUUCCCAUCCUUGGAAGAUCUAGUUGUAGAUAAUUGCCCAAAGAUGAAGAUGUUCUCUCAAGGACACUCAAACACUCCAAUGUUGAACAAAGUACAAUUACAGAAGUGGGGAGGAGAAGAAGUACAUUUGGAAGGCAGCCUUAAUAGCACCAUACAGCAGCUAUUCAAACGAAAGCAUGCCAUGAUCGAGGAAGGUGAAAAUCCUGAAGAAGAUCAAAGCAAUCUUUCCACUUCUAACACCCAAUGUAUGGUAGCAGAAAACCAGUUGAUGCAAAUGCUGCUCUUUCUACUUUUCUAUGACUUGAUUGAAGUUUGA